UAAAGAAAAACAGUGCACGUUUGUUGCUUAAAUGUGCAUGGUAUUCAAUCACUUGGUAACUAUAUAGAGACACAUCAUUGAAGUGUGCAUACUUUUCUCGUGGAAUUUUCAUUGAAGAUGGAGCUACACGAAAUCACGGUGGGUAAAAAUGGGAUCGACAACACCCUGCAGGUCAGCGGAGAGAAAAACGAGGGCUACGAUAUCGACGGUGAUGUCAUUACAGAGCUAUCUGUCAAGAAUAAAUCACACGUCAAUGGUCAGUCGGACAGAGGACGUAGACGGGUGUCCUAUGCUUCCGACACGGACCAAACACCGUCCAAAGACUUUGAUCCCCCUAGUAACGAGGUGACAGUAGAGAACGACACGGAACAACCUUUCCUGUAUACCGUCAGUGAAACACCGCCAGUACAUACGCUCCUUCUCAUAGGGUUUCAGCACGCUCUUCUGUCACUAUCUGGGUCACUCGCCAUCGUUCUCAUCGCCGCUGACGUCAUAUGCGCUAAAGAAGACGCGGAGUUAACGUCGCAGAUGCUCAGCUCUACUCUCUUUGUAAAUGGCGUGUCCACCAUCUUGAUGGUGACCAUCGGGGCUAGGUUACCGCUGUACCAAGGGGCGUAUGGAGGAUACAUAAUCCCUCUACUGGCACUACUGCAGAUCGAUCCUAACCGAUGUUCUAUCAAACGUCCUUCACUACAAAACUCUACUAUAGGGUUCAAUUCAACGAUUUCCCCAAUACCAUUCAACGAAGAACAAGCACAGAAAGACCUCGUCUUGUCAUACUUCGCUGAGAUACAGGGAUGUCUGAUGAUCGUGGGCACUAUUCAUUUCCUGGUUGGCGCUACAGGCCUCGUGGGCGUAUUGUUACGAUACGUGGGUCCGAUCACCAUCGUACCCAGCAUACUACUACUUGGAAUAUAUGUGGCUGAACCCGUGCUGACAUUCGUGGCUCCACACUGGGGAAUGGCUCUUCUGACCAGCUCCAUCGGAUUCAUUCUGGCAUUCUACCUGGCUAAUUGGAAGAUGCCUAUCCCAAUAUGGACCAGGGCAAAAGGCUGUCAUAUCAUUCGCUACCCUUUCCAUCAGAUAUACGCCAUCCUGAUUGCGAUCACCAUCUCCUGGUUGGUCAGCCUUAUAAUAACAGAGGCGGGAGGCUUCACGGACGACCCAAAGAACAAAGGGUACCUGGCCAGAACUGACGCCCGACUCGGCACCAUCACUAGUGCUAAAUGGUUCUUCUUUCCAUAUCCAGGAUUACACGGGUCUCCCGCCUUUAGCUCAACAGUCUUUGUCGGCUUUCUCAUUGCCACCUUCAUUUCUAUCCUCGACUCCAUCGGAGAUUACUACGCAUGCGCAGCAAUAUGUCGCGUUCCACCUCCUCCGUCGUUUGCCGUUAAUAGGGGUAUAGCUAUUGAAGGGUUAUGUACUGUUCUGUCAGGGGUACUUGGUUGCCCCCAAGCAACGACCACAUAUGGAGCGAACAUAGGAGCUAUUGGCGUCACAAGGGUUUCCAGUCGCAGUGUAUUUAUUGUGGUAGGGGUUGUCUAUAUCAUCUUCGGGGUAAUAGGAAAAUUGUCUGCCGUUUUCAUUUCUAUCCCCUACCCCGUCCUUGGCGGGGCACUGAUCAUCAUGAUGGGCAUGUUUAAUGGAGUAGUGUUGUCUAAUCUGGUCAACGUCGAUCUGACGUCCUCCCGAAACCUUGCAAUCAUGGGGGUCUCUCUCCUCAUGGGCCUCCUUGUACCACUCUGGGUUAAAACCUAUCCCAACGACAUCGACACAGGGAACACGGAAGUGGAUUUCAUAUUGAAAGGACUUUUAGGAAAUCCGAACUUUUCUGGAGCAAUAAUAGCUUGUUUUCUGGACAACACAAUUCCAGGAACAUUGGAGGAACGAGGAAUCACAGCCUGGCAGAACAACGAAGGGGGCGAGUCGGGGGCGACUACUAACUACGUAGAAGGGAUAGAGUUGUAUGACACCUGGCUACCUGAAUCCAUGAAAAACUGGAAAGGCUUGGAAUAUAUCCCAUUUAUGCCUACCCCAAAGAAACGAAAAAGGAGCCUGUCUGGUCAAUGGGCAAGAAGGAAGUCGAUUAUUGCUGGUGUAUCUGAUGUAAUGGUGUAAAAGUCAAAUACAAUUGGCAUUAUAUAUAUAGUAAUUAAAUCAAGAAAAAAUGUUAAAACAGAGUCAAUAGAAAAUCGUUAAAAGCUUUUGAUUAUGUAUCCGAGAAUGGUUUCACAUUUUUGGAGAAAUAAGUCUCUAUAUGUAUUUACCAGUUAAAAUGAUGGCUAAUGUCAAAUGCGUAUAUAAACGAAACUUGAAGUUUAGUUUGAAACUUACCCUUUCGAUAUAACAAAUUAUAAUCGGCCAGUCAUUAACUCAAGCAUUAUCAAUACAUGUGUUUCUCAGUACUUAUCACGAUAUACUCCCCUACAUAUACAUAUAUCGUUAUAUCUACAUUAUUCACGUGUUUCCUAACAUAUCAUUUAAAGACCUAAUUACUUCAGAAUUCAUUGGAGAUCGUAAAAGAGGGGUCAGUUUACAUUGCUUUCCAAAAUCCAUUCAGAUGGCUGCUGUAUCGGUGGUUGUUUACGGCCUUAACUGUGGUGAGGAUUUCUAAUAUUUAAAGAUUUAAACAUCAAUAUCAAUGACAUUAUAUAAUUAGGUGAACAUUAUUAAGGCGAUAACAAGGAAGACAGUUUACAACCGUUGCAGUCCAUUACAUGUUUCAUUGUAAAUAAAAUUGUGCAAUUUUUAUCAUUAUCUUGAAAAGUUCAUUUUCCCAUGAUCACACCAUUGAUGGUCUCGUAUAAAUGUAUGAUAUUUCGUAUGAAAACUGUCUUCUUGAUAUGUAAACAGUAUAUGCCAAAUGUUUCACAAUUUGUAAAUAAGAAAUGCUUUUCAUGUACAUUAAAAACAUUAUAU